AUGCAAAGAAAAAAAAUUGCGCAAUCUUAUGAAAAAAUGAGAGUAUGGCGUACCAUGCACGAGCUAAAUAAGCGAUUGGAUUUUUCGUGCUUGGAUGAAUCAAAUGCUACACGAGAAGAUAUGAAACAAUCGCUGGGAAUAUUGCUGCCUCACGAAAUGGACUUGGGUAGUUUUCAACACACAAGUUGCGAAAAUUUCUCAAAAGUUUCUGAUGGUAUACUAACCGAAACACAAAUGGCUUAUGACAGUUUCGAGGAUUCUACUUCUAAGAUCAAUCCAGAUUAUUUGUUGAAACGUUUGGAAGAACAAAUUAUUCUCCAUAAUACUUUACUAGAUGCAUCAGAAAAAUUUCCAAAAUCUCCUUCUAUAGAAAAUUUAGUAAAGCAAUGUAUGAAAGGAACUCAAGCCUUAGAUGAUCUAAAACAACGUGUUGCCCGAUAUAAAUUGGCCAAGCAAAGCGAAAAAGCAAACGUUACGAAAACAUUGCAUCAAGACAUAUCGCAAAUCAUCCAUGAAACGGUCAGUUGCGCUGAAGAAUUGCAAACAAUUUCACAAUAUAUAAUGCAAAUUUCAUCAUGCAAUACUGAGCUUAUGAAUCGAAGCUCGCUAACAGAUCAAACUAUAAAAAUAUCUCUCGAUCGAUUGCAAGAAAUAGAACGAAUGUGGCAGAACAUGCCCUUGUCGAAUGAUGAAGAUACUUCGUUUGGUAUAUUGCACGAAUCAGACAUGCACGAGUCUGUGAGUUUUUUGCACAAUGUUUCUACAUCACUAGAGAACAUUUUUAGUCGCAUCAAUCAAUCUGUAGAUGAGGUUCUGAAAACACCCAAUACGUCAAGUUUGAGUGCACUAAAAACGAACUUGCAAGAAUGCAAAAAAUUGCUAUCAGACAUAGAGUUGAAUCGUACGUUGUUAUUCGAAGAAACGUUUCCUUCUUUGGUAAAUGCAGAGGUAGAAAGCGAGUCUCCGUUGUUAAGUGUAAUUGCCGAUGUGUUGGAUAAGUCAUGGAAAUCAGAAAUUGAGGCGUUUUUAGAAAUCUGGAAAAGUCCUGAAAAAGAAAGAUUUCUUCAAGUAAGCAAGCAAACGAUCGAUGACCUUUCGUUAUUGAGACAAGAAACAAAUAAUAUGCUGGCAAAGGGUGAACCUGUUAUCAAGGCAAAUCAACGGCUACAUCGCCAACAGGAUACGUUGAAAAGAUUGGAUAAAUUACGAGCGAAUGUCACAGGACAGAAACCUGUUUACACCUCAAUCAUACUUAAAGAUUAUCUUGAUGAAAAUGAUUUACUUGCAGAACAGAAUGCUAUACAAGAAUCACUCUUCAAAGUAGAAUCUACAAAGAGAUUAGUGAAAUUUGCUGAUCAAAGCGAUCAGUCAGCUUCUGGAAAAGCGGCCCUGAGUAAAACAAACCAAUCUGUGAUGAUUGAAAAACGACUGGAACAUCUAAUGCAAGAAAUGGAUAAUUUUCAAAGAAAUUUCUCUAUUUCGAAUAAACCGCAAGCAAAUAUCCAAAACGACGAUGAGCGGAAAAGUAGAGAUUUAAUCGAGGAAAAACUUGAAGGUUUAAUGGUAACGAUUUUGGAAUUAGUCAAAACUCUGCGCACGCAUUAA